UUCACAAUCAGUCUCGAGCACACCACGGUCUCGAGAGUUGAGACGAGGGGAAACGGAUCGGGCUUCGCGUGGCGAGGAUGUUGGGGUUCACUUUAUGGAAUCGUCUUCUAAAAUCUGGGCUAAAUGACAGAGAACUUUGGAUAAAAACUGUCAAAUUUUCGUCCUGUGCCGCGAGACCUGUCCUUUUGUACAGAGGUUCGACACACAGGUAUCACCUUCGUGGAUCGCCUAUUACAGUAAUCGGACUAAGGUACUGUAGUGGCAAUGUCAUCGACCGAGCGCAAAAGAAGAAAAAUGUACCACAAUCAAAACCUGUGGUCACACCGGUUAAAAUUCUAUCGGUAGUAACCGGUGUAACUGGUGGUAAACCGGGUCAACAAAAGCGAAACUGUUUUCACCCUGGAGCGUCGAGUAUGAGUCGAGAUGCGAUCAGCUUUGGGGAUCGACCUCCAGUCACGAGCAAAGACAUGAUUAAAGGAAUGCUCAGUUAUAUUUGGCCAAAGGAUGAUCCAGCAAUCAAGCAAAGGGUUCAAUUAGCACUGGGUCUACUAGUUGGCGCAAAAGUUUUGAAUGUUACCGUACCAUUCAUAUUCAAAUAUGCUAUUGACACAUUGAAUACUCAAAUGGUAGCGGUUGGUGGCGCACCUUUACUGAGCAUGGGAACAGCUCCCGAAACGGUGGCUACCGUAGGAACGUCUCUACUCAUCGGCUAUGGAAUAGCGCGUGCCGGUGCAGCUGGAAUAAAUGAAUUGCGAAAUGCGGUAUUUGCCAAGGUAGCGCAGCACUCGAUACGUAAAAUAGCUAAGAACGUAUUUCUCCACUUGCAUAACAUGGAUCUGGCGUUUCAUUUGGGCAGACAAACUGGUGCCCUUUCCAAGACAAUAGACCGAGGCAGUCGAGGUAUAAAUUUCGUGCUUACUGCCAUGGUGUUCAACGUUGUCCCAACGAUAUUUGAACUUGCAUUAGUGAGUACCAUUCUGGGCGUUAAAUGCGGGCCCGAGUUUGCUGCCGUCGCUCUGGGGUGCGUAGGAAUUUAUACAGCUUACACCCUGAGUGUAACGCAAUGGAGGACAAAGUUUCGCGUGUAUAUGAAUCAAGCUGAAAACGAAGCUGGUAACAAAGCGAUUGACUCCCUUAUCAAUUAUGAAACAGUAAAAUAUUUUAAUAACGAACAGUACGAAGCCGACAGAUACAACCAAUCAUUAAAGAAAUACGAAGCAGCCUCUUUAAAAACUAGUACCAGUUUAGCAAUGCUAAAUUUUGGACAGCAUGCCAUAUUUAGUGGUGCCUUGAGCUUGAUAAUGGUCUUAACCGCUAAGAACAUAGUCAAUGGAACAAUGACUGUUGGUGAUUUAGUGAUGGUCAAUGCAUUACUAUUUCAAUUAUCAGUUCCACUAGGAUUUCUUGGGUCGGUAUAUCGAGAAGUCAGACAGGCACUUAUAGAUAUGCAAACCAUGUUCACGUUAAUGAUGAUGGACAGUUCAAUCAAGAAUAAGGAAAACACCAUACCUUUUCACGUUACACCAAGUACUUCCGAAAUCACUUUUAAAAAUGUGAAGUUCCAAUACAUUGAAGGAAAACCAAUCUUUGAAGACCUGAACUUCACUAUUCCAAGUGGUAAAAAAGUUGCUAUAGUUGGUGGCUCAGGUUCAGGAAAGUCAUCUAUUGUCAGAUUACUCUAUCGGUUCUUUGAACCACAGGAAGGUGACAUAUAUAUAAAUGGCCAAAAUAUUCGCGAUGUCAAUAUGGAUGAUCUUAGAAAAUCGAUAGCCAUUGUACCUCAGGAUUCUGUGCUAUUUCACGAUACAAUAUUUUACAAUUUACAUUAUGGAAAUCUCAGUAGCACCGAAGAAGACGUACAUAAGGCGACAGAAAUGGCAAAUUUGCAUGCGUCUAUUUUGAAAUGGCCUAAAGGCUAUCAGACUCAAGUUGGAGAACGUGGAUUAAAAUUAAGUGGAGGUGAAAAACAAAGAGUGGCGAUAGCUAGGGCAAUAUUGAAAAACAGUCCGAUCUUGGUAUUCGACGAAGCUACGUCUUCCCUAGACUCAAUAACAGAACAUAAUAUUUUGGAGGCUUUAAGACGUGCAACAAUUGGACGUACAUCAAUAGUGAUUGCCCAUCGUUUGUCAACUGUUAUGGAUGCCGAUGAGAUUUUAGUCCUGGAUGGUGGAAAAUUAGUGGAGCAAGGAACACAUGGCGAAUUAAUUUCCAAACCAAAUUCUUUGUACAAUAGGCUUUGGGAAGCUCAGCACAUGGGCAUGACUCAAAAAAAAGUUGAUGCUAAUAGUUAAACUCACUGAGUGCAUGAGUUAAGUAUUACAGUCGUAAUCUGCAUUUUAAAAACUGUUCUGGCAAUAUUACAGCUUUUGCCUAGUCGGCUCAUUUGCAAACUUUGCAGCUAUAAAAUCUGCACUUUUCCGUUUUUGCUUACCAAUGAAAAUUGUUGAUGCUCACCAUCAGAAAAAUUAUUAACUAUCUUUUUUUAAUAACAUCGAUUCAAUACUGUAGAUUUUUUACAAGCUCUGUACUCAGAUUGAUAUGGAAAUAAGGUUUUAUCAGCGUUACGACUGACCUUAGUCUGGCCCUAGGACUGAGACAAUACAGUUAUCCUAUGAGAGUAUUGUAAAUAUUUUCUCCCUACGUUGUUGCACUCUAGUGAAUAUACAUAUAGAUAGUUGAUAAGAAUGUAAAUAGAGUUGUACAGAAAUCCAAGGUAUACAUCACUUUGAAAAGAAUUGGACUAUAUCAUACUACCAGAUGUUCUGGAAUGAUAUUGGCAAUUCAAUAAUUCAGACGUAAAUUAUUUAUCAAUGUAGAAAUAUAUUUUUUACAAAAUAGAUGGCUAUCAAUUGACGAAUCCUUCGAAUAUACCAUCAAUCACUGUAAUACUUUAACACCUCACACUACUUUUUCAUAAUAUAAUUAAUAAUAAGAAUCUGCAAUACACAAACCAAAACUUUCCGUUUAUCUUUUACACGCACUUCUCCAUUGAACUUCAUAAUUACAUGGGUAAUUAUUUCUCCAAAUUUUAAUAUUGUUAUGUUAUUGUUGUGCUACAGUAUAAAUUAUAUAGCUAUUAAGAUUUGAUUCUGUGUUAUGUACCAUAAAAUUCGAAGUAAUACCAAAUAAAAAAACUUGUUAUAUCA